GGGUGUGUUUGGCUUUUUAAAAACGUCCUCCGGCAGGCGGAGCUAAGAGACGCAGCCUGUUAUUACAUCCAACAGCGGCGUGAACGCCAUCUGUUCUUCUCUGCUUCCGUGAAAUCCGACCCCAGUGUAAGUAUAUUUACUGUAUGCAAAAUUAGACUCUUGCAGCCCUGAAUCACUGCUGCUGUCAAACAUUGCACUGCUGAAUCUUAGACGAGAGGCGAUUCAUUGUCACUGAGGUUUUAGGCUCAGGCUAUUUGUGCGUCCGAUGACAGGCGAUUAUCUGCACCUCAUAAUACCUUAUGAUUGACUGCUUUGCAUUAACAACACUAACACAUCUCUCAUUAGCGUGAAAACUUGUGAUAAAAAUUACUUAUUAAUCAUCCAAGAUUAAUGAGUACUCGCUGUUACCGUGUAAAAGCUAACGAUCAGGCCAAAAUGAGGGUUUGAUAUCAGCCUAUUCCGAAUGAGCUCGGGUCCAAAAUCCUAUAUGUUUUAACGAUGUGGUUGUAAGGUCACGAUGAUUUACGAUGAUUGUGAGUGUUUACAUACAGUGAUCAGACCUGACCUUUAAUUUGUAGUACUCUACAGACGUUCAGAUCGCGAGGACCAAUCAGAGGCGAAGACAACUAAUACGUCAUCAUAAUUACCCGUUACUAUCUAUUAGCGCAGUUUUAGCUUUGAUUAUCUACAUAUAAUAUAAUAUUAAAACACUGAUUGGGUUUUUGGAGCCAAUUUUGUCUGUUGUAGUUUCGUUAAGUUCGUAUUUUUAUGCUCCACCUCGGCUCAGAGAGAGCGACUCCUUACAGGUGUUAUGGCGUAGAUUGCACCCCAUGCCGUAGAAUGCACCCCUGCGUCCCAUCCGCUCAUUAGCUUCUUAAAGUGGAAGAAAAUGAUCUCAUAUUUAAAAAAAAAACACGAGUAGUGGAUCGCGACAACAUGUCAAAUGGAGCUGCAAACUUUUGUUCUGUUUUUAUGUGUCUGAUAUAGAGGUGUACUUGGGUAUGUAAACUGUCAAGUUAAAGAACAUUAUAUUUUUCGAGACAGCAAAUAUUCUGAAUCAGUGGGCUAUUGUUUUCGGUUUAUCUGGAUUGGCUGAAUGAAAUCAUUAAAGGCACACGCUUUUGAAUCCAUCCAACGAUGAGGAAAACUGGGAUUAUUUCGCCUUGUUCUGUACUUUCAACUGUGCUUUCGUCAGGGGUGCAUUCUACAGCAGGGACGCAUUGUACGGCACAACACCGGAAGUAGGAAGUAGGCGGGCCAUUCAGCACGGUAAACUGUUCUGCCAUUGGCUAUGACUGUGGCUUUAUUUAGGUUUAAAUGUCAGGCGGCGAUACCAAACGGCAAAUGCCUGCGACCCAAAAAGAUUCAGUUUUCUAUCGACUUCACUCAGUCAUAAUGUUUUCUUCGAUGUUGUAAAAAAUCCGUCUUUUGGUCUCAGUUUCGAGAGCUUUCGAGAAGACAGGAUGGUGACGAAGAGAAUCCGCUCGGAGUACAUGAAGAAAUUCAAAGACCCUAAAUGGGAGACCUUCAACAAGUGUUACGAGGAGAUGCUGAAGUACAGGCUGACCCGGAGACUGCUGGAGCACACACAUAACCCCUGGUUCUGGGCUGGUUCUGAAAGUGACUCGGACUCCGGAGGAAGGAGUCCUCUUCCUCCUCCUCAAACCAGCAAGAACCAGGUCCAGGCUGAGACCAGCAGGGAGCAGGCGGGGGCAGAGCUGGAGGAGUGUGAGGGGUCGAGGAAGGACAGAGAGCAGGAGCAGAACAGGACCACAGAACAGGUGCCCAGACUACCCCUUCAAGAGGAGGGAGAGGAGGAGGCUGCAGACCCUGGUAUAAAAACAUCCAAUCCAAAAUUAAAAUGAAUGCAUGCUGCUCUACUGCGAGUUUGCAAUCCGUGUGAUCCUUUCACUUUACUGUAGGCUCACAGCUUCAAGCUGCAGAAGAGACGGGAGGAGCAGAAGAGGAGAGAGCCAGCAGCAAAGCGGGUAAACAGAAAACACCUCCUCAUGUGAGACUUGGCAGAGGUAAUUCAAAAUAGAAAAGUUCCUACUGUGUGAACUCUUCUGUACCUUGCACAUUUAAACACAAGGUGGUGUCAUGUGUGGGCCCUUUCAAUGUUCAGAGCAACAGCAAAGAUGCAGUCAGGAGUCUGUUUGCAUUCGCUCAUGCUACUGUCAUUGGAUUGCCUCUGUUGAAUUAUUUUAGAAGAUUUUAAAAUCAGUGCUUUCACUCAAGUGUUUCUGUGGAAAGUAUUGAACUUCUCUACAUUUUUAUCUAGUCUCAGUUACUUAGUAAAAAAACAUCCAGGCUUUCCAUCACAAUGUAAAAAAAUUUGAUCCUGUGCAGUGAAUAUGUCUCAUCUCCAGUCAAAAUAUCUCAUUACACUCAGUAAAAGCAACACUGAUAUGACAGGUCCAAACAUAAAUCUUAUCUUAAGGAGAUAAACGUUACAAAAUAAAUCUUACCAUUUAUCAAGUGAUUUUCACUCAUUUCCAUGAAGUCCUUAUUUUUGUUUUGCAUUAACAAUCUGCCAUGACGUUAGCGUGCUGGGAUCAUCUACAAACUCUACAACUGGAAAAAGAUGUUGCAAAAAUAUUCAAUUACUUUCCCUUGGAUAGACGCAGAAUUAUAGUCAGAGUACACAUUAAGAUGAUGGUUAUUUGACAACAGUUAGUUUGGAACAACAUACUUUUGCAUAAUCUGAUGGCAAGUCUUACUUCCACUAACCCUAUCUCUAACCCAUACUGCCAUGUCAUUAUAGUAAAUACCCAAUAUUCAAUACUAUUGAGUGCAUUUUAAAUAAAAUACAUUUAUUUGAACAGCUUAAAAGACUGGAAGUUUUACUUUGACUUAAGUAAAGUGGCAACUGUACUUUAACCUGAGUAUAACAUUUUAGUAUUUUUGCAAACCUGUACCUACUUUUAACAACAUUGAGUGUUUUUUGCCAGAGCAGCAUUUAUAGUGAUGUAAAUGAUAUCAACAGCGUUGUCUGUACUCUGUCUUGUCUCCUUUAGUGUUCGUAAGUGUUUAUUUUUCUCAGUUAUUAGAGUUGAUUUUGUGGCAGUUAAAACAGGUCCUACUUUGUUUUGAUAUGAAGAGACCUUCAAUAUGUUUAUCUUUUGUAUUUGUAGUGAGAGACAAGGAAGGACGACAGCAGAGUAAAUCCUCCAAACCCUUAAAGCAAACAUGGCGUGUAGAGCGUGUGAGGCCUGCACCAACCCGGCAGGCUGAAGAGGACGGUAAGGAGUCCAGACAUCCUUUUGCUCUGUACGGUUCAGGCGAGAAGGACGCAGACAUGGCAAGUAGGAAGACCCACAACGUCGGCCCUGCAGCCUCCACGAACGAGGUAAUGUCUCUCACCUUCUUUAGAUCUGUGCAUGACAGGCUGUGUUGUUACAGCACUUAAUAGUGUUUUUUUUUUCCAUCGUGGUAGAUCCAUGACUCCGCCCUACGCGCCAAGACCAGACGGGAAGUGGAACGGCAGAUCCAGACCCAGAGGGGUGAGCGACGGAGAGCCAAGUCUGCUGAUGUGAACAAGGCCAGAAAGUUGGUUCAACCAGAAUACAACCCCUGGCUUACUGAAUACAUGCGCUGCUUCUCUGCUCGCUCUCGAUAGGACACACACUCCUACACAUGGAUUCACACACCCAUCUGGCAGGAUUAGCUGCAUCAGUGUGGUUACAGACAAAAAAUGCUAAAAUAAAGCCAUAACUGCCUAUCACUUCAGAAGUUAAAAUACCCAGAGAUGGACUCUAGAGUGUGAGAAAGAUAAAUACUCACAAAAAGUCUUAAAUGUGUGCGCAUAUUGGGGAUGUGAACUGACAAAAUAUUGAAAUGUGAGGGUUAUGGUGUUUUUCUAUACAAAAUUUGAAUAUUAUAUAUCGGGAUACAGGGCAGGAGACCCCCUGAGAGAAAUUUUUUGAAAGUUAAAGUAUAAAUGAUGUUUUAUUGCAAUGAGAAAACAGUGUAUUUUACAGCCAUACUUAAAUGCAUUCCCUUUAAACACAGUCUAUACAGUGUGUCAAAUAUGUUUUAUACAGGGAUUUAAGAGCACAGUGCCCCCAUUCAGGGGUAAUGAAGACUUCACUAUCUUCAUUAAAACACCUCUGAGAGAAAUGUGAACCCAUAAACAUGAAGAAUGUACAAACACUUAAUGUAUACAGAUAUGUACACAAACAAUCAAAUGGUUGGUAUACUUGCAGCUUUUGGUUUUGGUAGUUGCUUCCUUGUUUGUGCCUCGUGCUCAGUAUUGAUUGACAAAUAGAGACGUCUGUUUAAGAGUUUCAAAGCCUUUGAUUUGCUCAGAUCACUUUGUGCUGUGAAGUGGCUCUAGUGGAUUUCGCUAUGGUUUUUGUAUCAGUGCUCACUGCGUUGGUUUAGAUAGACGGUGAUUCACAUUGUACUGAAGAAGUCAACCUUAUAUCCACAAUCUUUCACUGGCUUUUUGCGUUUUAUUGCUAAUGAAUUGGUUUAAAAAACUUUUGCAAAAUUGUUUUGGUGUGUAACUAUCUUUCUGGCGUCAGUCUAAAAUAGAGGUGGUGUGGGAUUUUAAGUGACUGGGUGACUGUGAACAGCAGGUUUCUGGUACUAAUUCCUCAUCCAGUGGUUAUGGUUAUUGAUUUUUAUCACCUGAAUGUAAAUGUUAAAAAUAAUAUGUUCACGAAGGUUCUCUUCUAAGUACAGCUUUCAAUGGGUCGGAUAUGUAAGCCAAAUUUACCGAACGUGCUUAUGACCAAAAAGUGGAAUCUUGACAAUAAUGCAUGGGAAGGUUGUUACCUUUAUCACUAAAGAGAUGAAAACAUAUUCUUCAUUCUCUGAGUUUGAUCAAAUGAAAGAGCACUUUGAUAGAGAGUCAGUUCUAUGGUAUUAAUAUUUGUAAGGAAUACCUUUUUAGCCUUCAGACAUUCAUGGAAUUGAUCCGUUGAAACUUUUUAUUAGAUGUGUUGGACAUCAGACUCAAGAGGUCAAACAUAGAUGCAAUAAAUCUUUCUUCAUGACACUGUUUUUCAUCACCAGAAAGGUGGAAAAUCAGAUUUAUCUUGGUUUCUUUGUUUCAGUCAAAAUGACAAACUCAGCUGUGCCAUAAAAACUUUCCUCCUGUCAACACAUGAUAUCUUAUUGCCAUGAAUAUUGUACAGAAAAGAGAUGCGGAGUGGAGGCCUGUGCUUUACAUUUGACAUGUUUAAUAUUUUUCUUCUGUUCAAGUUGCUCUUGGUUCAGUAUUACAUAACUGGCUUUUGGGUUAGUUUGGUUUUUCAGUGUUUAGUUUUUUACUGCAAUAUAGUUUUGAUGACAGUCGUGAAUUUGUGCAAUAUUAGAUUUUUUGAAUAUCUGCCAGUGUGUGUUGUCUCACACUUGGUGAAAUAUGACAAUCUCUGAGAGCAGAAGGGAAACAAGCUAUAAUAUUCAUGCUCAUUUUCACUGUUGUUAUUAUUAUGAUUAUUUUGAAGUUGCUUAGACCAAAUUGUACUGUAGAGAAGAUGUGUUAUUUUCUUUAUGGCCUGUACAUGUAAUGAUGUAAAGCAGAGAGUUAAGAAUCUUUAUAUCUAUUUUGAUCGGAAUGACAACUCAGAUGAUUGUUUUUCUCUGCUUUGAUCAGGGGUAUUUGAGGAAAUGACAAAUUAAAUCCACUAAUUAUGUGACUGAUUGGUUCAAUUGUUCAAUAUUUUGUAUAUUCAUGUUUUAGGCUUUACGAAGUGUGUGUAAAUGUUUGCUAUGUUUUGGAAGAAAAUAAGGUUAAUGUAAAGCUGUCAAUAAAUCACUUGAGAGUUUUUUGGUUUGUUGUUCUCUCUCUCACAGAUAAAAGCCUCAAUAGGGAACUUUUUCAUUUUCGUUGAUUUUGGUGCCUCCUUUGGACAAAGCCAUACCCUUUAUCACUUGUCCUGGACAUGUUUAAGUUUUGUUGUCAGACAAGAACCUCAUCUUGUUGCUUUUUUACUAUGUAAUGUAUCACUCGUAACAAGUGUUUGUUAGUCAUCUGGUGUGACACUUACCCCUUUACAGCAGUUUCAGGUGGUGAAAAUCACAACAGAAAGGAUCAGUCUUGUUGCUGAAGGUCUUUUUUUUUGCUUUGAAAAGUCAUAAAGAGGCAUCAAUAUCAGUUUCAGUCUGUUUCUCAAACAAUUAAAACUUCUCAUAGCGCCUUUAAUCAAAUUAUUCUGAAAAGUUUUAGACAUCGGAUCUCCUCAAGACUUCAUCAAUAAUAAAGGCCUUUCAAACAAUCUUGUAUCUGUAGUAGUUUUUUUAUUCUAAAAACAUAUGCUUUUAUCAUACACAAUAAAUUAAAAAUCCAUGAUAUUCAUAAUGACAAAAGAAAACCAGAUGUACAUAAAUACAAACAAAAAACUUCAUAAAAUCAAGACAGCAACCUGAUAUUAAUCGUCUAGAGCCGCCAUCAGAUCUGCUUGAUUUAAAGGAUGAAUGCAUCAUUUUGAAACAGUGGACGUUGAGGAUCUUUGAAGACAAAAGUAAAAUCAAACACACAUCGGAUAGCUUCAUAUGGUUGUUAAAACUUGAAAUGCAUUCAGUUAAUAUUACCUUACAGCUGGCAGCAGUCACCAAGGUACUCAUGUAAACAGGCAACAUUUAGAAAUGACUAAGAUCAGAGUCUCUCUGAUACACAACUCUCAGAUUCAUCCUUUGACCAAAUUAUAAGUGUGUAAAUUAAAGGAUGAUGUGUAACUCACACUCCCAGUGGUUAUGGAUAACUGUAACAGAGAGCAGAGUGAGCUCUGAAUGUUUUAGGUUGCCUUUUCUGUUUAUCUUUUUAAUCUAUGAGCUUGAAAUAUGAUUGAACAGCAUUUUCUCACAUAAACGUGUUAGUCAAGAUCAUGAACAUAACAGCUGAAAACAGCACCGCUCAUCCACACUGCUCACACAUCACCAGUGUAUUGUAGCUUCACAUGAUAAUAAUACAGCGGAGCAUGAAAGAGAUUCUGGAUAUGACUUUUUUCUAUGUUAAUAUACAUAUAAUAGCUCUUCAUAAUGAAAUACUCUGAUAUUCUGUUUGAGAAAACAUGCGUCAGUCUCUAUAUACAGAAAAACACUGUACAGUGUGUAAGAUACUGGAGAGGAGGGUGAGGAAGUAGGGGGCUGAGCAAAUCCACAAGCAGGUGAAGAGGUGUGCAGAGGGGCAGGCAGGUGACAGAGAGAAUGCUCGGAUGUGGAGAUAAAAAGAGUAGGAAGUGUAACAUGGCAUACUAAGUGAUACAGUGUCAAAAAGAAGUGAUACAAGGAAGUGAGAAAUGUAUCAGACUGUUGUAACAUAGCAGUCAAAGGGACAGUCCAACAGUUUGAAGAAAUUAUAUUCUUGCCCAGGUUAUAACGAGAAAAAUCAAGACUUUCUGUGUGCCAGGUUUUAACUUUAGGUCCAAAGGCUUUUAGCUGAGCUAAAGCUCAAAGCUCCCAUGAGAUCACCCACUGAGUGCUGUCUGAUUCUCCACAUGAAUGUGUUCACUUUAAAAACCUGGAGAGGAACGUUUCAUGGAUAUUGACUGAUGUAAACACUAGCACUCAAUGUGGGUCAGGGUCAGGGGAGCUGCUUUCUAGCUUUCCUGGUCUGUGCUCAUGUGAGAGUGCUGUAAAAAUGUCAGAGAUACUUUCACUGGGCAUUUUAGGUCAAACCUCUGAGUGCAGGAAGAGUCAACAACCUUUUUUUCAUUUUUAGGAAACGACAAGGUCACCUAUAUCUUUAACAUCACUAAAAAACAACGUAUUCUUCAUCGAUACAUACUAUAAUACUACACUACUUCAUUAGAUACCAAGAAUAGGUGGCAGUCAGCACAAGACCUAUUUGAUAAAAGCUAUUUUGGUAAAGGAGAAAGGUCCCUGUUUAAUUCCAGAUCCCAAAUAACAUUUCUAAGAUUAACAUUUUCUGGAAAUGCAAGAUGUCACUUGUAUGUUUCAUUAAAAAAAAAGUCAGGAAGCCAAACUUUCUCAAACUUUAGUCUACUUCUGGUAAGAUAUAGUAACAUGUGAAAUAAAAACAAAGAAGUUACUCUUAAAAAAAAGGAUUUAGAUGAAGAAAAGGUGACAAACAGGUUAGCUAUCCACACUCUGAUUGGGGGGGGGCUUGUAGGAGGUUUGGUCCACACAUAUUGCAGAAUCAUGAAGGGUAGGGUGGACAAAGAUUACCAUGGAGUUGCUCUGAGUUCUGAGGAGGGGACGUGGCUAUGAAGUCGUUUUGGCUCUCUGCAGAAGGUGUAGCCGUGACAACAAAGGUUCAAAAGGUUCUGAAGAUUCUGAAGAUUUGGGGCUGAAGGGUCAGAAAGGAGUCACCAGCACAGCAUCCUGAACCCAUGAUUGUUUGGGUCCCCUGAGGCUGACCCUCUUCUGGUCUUCAUCAACCUGUCUGAAACACACUGAUCGCAAACACACACACACACAAACACACACAGUUAAAUAAAAUAAAAAAAAAAUGAAAUAAAAUGUUUGUGUUCAUGAUUGAAAUGUUAAUAAAACUUGGUUUGAAUAUAAAAUUUGCAUUGAACUAAUGUGUAUUUAUUGGUCUCUUUAAAUUGAUUUUUAAUGAUACAAGGUCUUCAGGUCAUUUGGCGCAACCAGCCAUCACGUGGUGUGACCAAUAAUAACAUUAAUUGUAUCAAAUACAAACUAAAGUAUCUAAUUUCUAUAACUGAAACAUUGAUACCUGAUGCAAUAUGCUUAAGUGAAAGGUCGUUUUAAAACAUUUUUAUCAGUGUUAUGCAAUUUAAAGAAAAAAUGAGUCUGUUAACUACAUUUAAUAUUAGAGACUGUGACAUUAUAGAGCUAAAAUAAGAGAUCAUGUACUUGAUAUCACUGACAAUAAAAAACAAACAAACAAACAAACUAUGAAGUAUGUUAAGAAAAUGUAAUCAUUUUGAGAUAAAUUAUGGUCGAACCACAUGACAUUUUUUGAGGCCGUGGGCAAUUCAUCUACAUGAAAAAACACUAAAAUUGCCUCAUUAAAAAUUUAUCAUUAAUUUUUGUAUUCACAACAUCCUUAGUGUUUGAACUGUUGCAAAAGAUAUUCUUAUUUUUGGUAUUUUAAAAUUGGCAUGUUAAAAAACCUUAUAUGUCAUUGACCCAUAUACCAUGUACACAAAAAGGGAAAAUGAAAAAGGGUAAAAGAUCUGCAACAAUAACAGAGCACAAAGGCUAGCUUUUGAAAUGAGCGCUGAUAAUAAACAGGGUAGUGUCUCUCCUCCUAAGAGUAAAGGACAGAGUAUUUUCAAAAUGAAUGUCAAGGUUUGAUUUGUGUGACCCCGAGAAAGUAAAGUCCACCUCCUCUUAGCCCCUUUUAGAUAAGCUUGGACCCAGAGAAGUUGUGGUAUAUUUGGACCAUAUACACAGAUUUGUGCAGUUCUAACCUGCAUUUGUGGAUUAAGUGACUCUCAAUUUUUGAAAUGUUAUCAAAUUUUUCAAUUUUAGAAAUGAUUUGAAUGAUUUUUAAACCAUCAUACUCAGAAGUGGCUCUGCAGGCUUGUCUGAAAGCUCUGACAUGCUGAGUGUAUAAAAGAAAUGUAUAGAAAUACUUAUUUGGUGAAGAAAACAGGAAGUGCAAAAUCAAUUCCAUGCCAUGCACACAGCACAAAAACAUGCUAGUGUGAACCCAUAGCUCCUUUUACCUUGUCCGUGUAUGUUUGUGAGCGCCUCCACUAGCAGCCACACUCCUGUGCGCCCUGUGGCUGAGCGCGGCGAGGAGAGCGAAGCUGUCGUAACGCAGCAUCACCAUACUGGAUACCUGAACCCAUCCUCUCAGGAUCCAGCUCACCUGAAAUCAGAGAGGAGGAGAAACAAAAAUGAGGAGGUAGGAUUAUGGGAAUAUUCGUUUCAAAAAUAUUGCUAUUAAGAAAGCAGUCGAUAAAACAAAACUGUCUGUCAUUUCUGGUUUUCUUGCUGAGACUCUCCAGGAACAAUAACAGUGAGAGCUCCAGCAGUGUCAGGGGUUCGGCUCAUAGGUGAGGAUCAUGUUUCCUACCUGACUCUAUCUUGUUGAGAAUUUUGCGGGCACACUGCACAAAAGCCUCUUCAACGUUUUCCCCUGUCAAAGCGCUGGUCUCCAGGAACAUCAGCUCUAACAAACACACACGAACACUCCUUUCAAACCUGACACAUCAGUUUACUCUGAGCAGUACGACUCUUUGAAGUAUGAGGCAACCACUUCAGAAAAACAAACACGUCCAGUCUCACCAUUCUCCUGGGCAAAGCGUGACGCCUCCAAAAAGGUGACCUCCCUGUCAGCGUCCAGGUCCUUCUUGUUUCCACACAGGAUGAUGACGAUGUUCUGACUGGCGAGCAUUCGGGCAUCGCUCAGCCAUGUGGUCAGAGCAUUGUACGUCUCUCUGCUGCAGAGAGAGGAGACAGAGAGAAACCCGGGUUACAGUUUAGAAAAGAGAGGAGAGCUUCAUGACAAACAAGAGAUUAAAAGUGGAAAACAUGAUCCAUGAUUGGCUGAGGUACCUGGUGAUGUCAUAGACCAGCAGGGCCCCCGCUGCUCCUCUGUAGUAACUCCUAGUCACAGACCUGACACAAACCCACAGAUAUGCAGAUAAAUUCAUCAAAAUGAGCUUGUAGUCAUUUGAAUAAUGUCCCUUUUCUUCUUUUCUUCCUUAUCAUCUCAUUCAGCAUUCAAAAUUUACAUCUAGUCACCUACAUUUAGUCAUCUACGAAGACAGAGCUCACUUUAACAAAUAAUGCUUAAGACAGUUUGGUUGCAGACACACACAUAAAAGCCAAACAUGUUCACAAAUUUUGAUGUUGUGCUGUGAAAAUAACAGAUGGUUCACUCUGAGCAAAAAAGUCUACAUGCAAAAUAUGAAUUGCUGAUAUCUAAUUCAAACUUGACUGUGGUUCACCAAUUCUUUGUGAUAUGACCCCGUUGUACCUAAAUGUUCUCCUGCCUAUUGAUAUUGAAGUCAACAGACCCUUCACAAAAGUUUUUCCUGUCUGGAUAUUUUUUUCUGACCACUUCGACUCCACAUCAAAGCAGAUAUAUGUAUGAAUUUGACAAGUUGAACUGUUUGCAAUACUUCGAUUUCAUUAGCUCUCUCUAACUCACUCAGUAAUGCUGUUUUAUACAAAAGCCUCUUUACCUUGAACUCAUUAUCAGGUGUUGUAAAAUAGCUUUGUUUACAGUAUCAAUGCCGUAGAAAAGGACUGAAGCGUUGUUCAGGAGCAUUUCAUACACAAACCAACAUGGACUUUUCUCUACCUGAACCGCUCUUGUCCUGCAGUGUCCCAAAUCUGCAGUUUGACCAUCUUGUUGACCACGUUAAUAAUCUUAGAGCCAAACUCCACUCCAAUCGUGUGGUUGGAUUCAUCUUUAACUGGAAAACAAGAUAAGGCACAUAUUGCUUUUUUCAAAUAACUGCCGUAUAUAUCAGAGUCCUGUCCUGCCGGGCAUCCUUUAUUGAAGAGAUCACAUCAAAUAAGACAGUGAAUACAUCUCUGGAGACGUCUGCUGUCUCAAAACUACAUUCAAAUACCUAAUGUGUUUCACACCCUCAGGUUGAUUACACAUAAGCACUCUAUGCAUAGCUCCUAACACAUUGACAGAAUGCAGACAUUUAUCUGGAGAGCAAUGAAGACCUUUUCUUAUUCUAAGACUUUUUGACAACACUGCAUUAGAGAUCAGAGCAUGCCUUUUAACUGAAAAUAAUGAAAUGUGUGUUUCAUCUCUCUGACUUACAUCUUUUCUCUAUGAACUGGUGCAGCAGACAGGAUUUGCCUGUUCCAGCAUUCCCAAUCACCAGGAAUUUAAACAGGAAAUCUGAAAGAGGAAUAUAAAACCAACGAUAAAUACGUGCAAGACAGAGCAAAAGGUUUAUCCACUGUUACAUUCAUCAGGAUUUUUAUAGCUAGAGCUGGGCCAAGACAUGAGCAGGUCAUAUCUGAUCAAUCGGUAUUAGGUUAUUAAGAUCGCUGUAUCAUUUAUAGCUGACAGGAAUCAAGAAAAUGCAGAAUUGCAAAGAAUAUCUUCAUCUUGAAGGACUACCUCCACAGUUUCAACUGUAAAAUAUUCAUCUUAUGACAUAACAUUAUAACAGUUUAUUUACACUUACAAUGAGUUUGAUAACUCCAAAAUACUGAUCAGAAACUCAUUAUUCAGCUCUACCAUCUUCAGUAGUCUGAUUUAUUUGAUACCUACAAACAGAUGUUGAUCCAUAGUCAUCAUCAGAUAUGGCGAUAUAAACAACUCCCAGAAUGUGUCAUGUGACUUUUUACACACACUUAAUACUGACACACAGUGUGUGUGGAUGCUGGUGGAACCGACCACUGUGUACCAUGAUCAUGAAGCUUGUGUACAAACUCUUAUCAACCAAGUGCUAGUGUAGUUAACAAUGACUUUAAUGUGUCCUGUGAGCAGAGGUGUAGCAUGGUAUUAUAGACUCUAUGACAAGAUAUCACAUUCAGUCUAGGGCUGGGCGAUAUGGGUUAAAGUUUAUCUCAAUAUAUUUUUUUAUAUCAGUUGUUAUCGAUAUAUAUCAGGAUAUGAAAAAUGACAUUUAACAGUGCUUAUUGGUAGCACGUCUUCUGCAAUAGAAUAAGCUACUGCAUCUGUGAGGUCUUUGUGUGUCUUCAAUGUUUUCUCGUAAGGCGUUGCAUUACAGAAAGCGGACUGAAUGGUCGGCUGCACAGGCGCCAUGGGACCCUUGCUCCGCUCUGGGUUUGUAACCUUUUGUAUUGUGCGUGCUCUGCCGCGUGGCACUGCUUCAGGUGGUGAAAAAUAUUUGACCUCAAAAACCUUGAUGUCAUCAUCUUUUGAGCCUUCAUCUGCAUUUCCGCCAGGAUAUUUUGAUAUAUAUAUUGUUAUCGUUUUAUUACCCAGCCCUAAUUCAGCCUCACCACCACAGCCCAGUCAACCUUUCACAACUGUGCAAACUUCACCUCUAUUUCGCCCAUGACCCAUGAAAAGCUUAUCAUAACUAUCUUGGAGUUACACAUGUAGAUUAAAGAUCAAUAAUCACAAAGUAUAACAGUGAUGGUUCCUUGGCAACAUCUGAUAUCAUAUUUAACCGAACAACAAGCAAAAAUUUGACACAUCGGCCGAUGUACAGCAAAUUACUGAAAAGUUAAGCUGCAUUAAAAUAAACACUUUGCUUGACACUCUCAGGUCUUUGGAAUAUCACGGAAAAUAUAUAUAUUAUAUAUAAUGGUAAACAACGAAACUACUGCAGCUCAAAUUCAACAAUAUUAUAAACAUUUUCAACCACUUGAAUAAUAUUGAAGCCCUUCAUAUGUUUAACUAAUGUUUUGAAAAGGUCUAGGGUGUAAAAGUUCCCAUGGUUUUGAGUGCUUUAAUGUUUGACGGAAAGAAAAAUGAAAACAAAACCGUUUUACUUCAGGCCUGUCGAUGCCCUCAUACCACCUCUGGGUCUCUCAGCAGUCUACCCAAGUUAUACCCCACUGUGAUGAUGCCCAUGCUUGAAUCAGAUACACUUACACAGACACACAGGCAGGUCUACAUGUCAGCUCUAUCACCCACAGUAGUCUGGUCCCAGGUGUCACCCUCUCCUGUCAACUCCACUAACCUCAGGCUGGAUUCAGAACCCGACAAACUCAACAGAUUUGGUUCAUAUUUUCUAGAUUACAUGAACUCUGUGGUUUUACUAAUGCUGACACGGCAUUAUCUAAGGCCACAGCCUUUACUAAAAGGCUCGGUUAGCCUGCCAGCUAUCUGUUUACGAUGGGACAAAUCUCUGUCGGCACACCUGUCCCAUCUUUUCUGUGUUUCUGAACGAUGAUAGAAAACGUAAACACCUUUAAAAAGGCAGCCUACUUACCGUAUGACUCCGACAUCACCAGCCUGGCGCUCUGACACUCAGCGGGAGGAAACAGAAGACAACAAUAUGACAGAAGGAUCGCUAGCGUUUAAAGGAAAAUAUCCCUGUUGGUGGUUUCCGCGGAGUCCAGCUGAUUUUUCCAUCCGACUUCCCGUACAUGUUUGUUCGCUUUCAAAAUAAAAGUCACCCUAACGUUCAAAAGUGUAGCAGUGCUAUGAAAAGCCGAGGGGUGGCGCUGUUUGCCAAUCAAAGUAAAUUCAGCAUUCAAACACAGUCUGUCAAUAAAAUUUAAAUCUAUUGACUAUAUUGUUUUCAUGUCAGACACAUUAUCUGAAAUUGACAAAUAAAGAUGAUUGUUGGCUUUCCCAUAAAAAUGGAAAAUCAAAUAGGGGCAUUUUCCAACUUCAGAACAUCUCAAAAUAAUGUAUGAAAUCAUUCUUGAAAUGCAUUUUAUUGUUAAGCAGCGUCAUGCAUAUUGAUUC